AUGCAGUCGCGAUUCGUUUGUGUUUGUAAAGUUUUAAUACCAGCGUUUUUAGGGAGUGAGGAACAGAAGAAGAAAUACAUCCCAGGUUUGGCUAGUGGAGAACUUAUUGGUUGUUUCGGAUUGACCGAGCCAAAUCAUGGUUCUAAUCCAGCCGGCAUGGAAACAAAAGCGAGAUGGGAUGAGAAAACGAAAACUUACCGUCUUUCUGGCACGAAAACAUGGAUCAGUAAUAGCCCUGUAGCAGAUGUAUUUAUAGUCUGGGCCAGAAGUGAUAAACAUAACAAUGACAUCAAGGGAUUUAUACUUGAAAAAGGAAUGGACGGACUAACAGCACCUAAAAUUGGUGGAAAACUUUCACUUCGAGCGUCUAUAACUGGACAGAUAGCUAUGGAUGAAGUUCCUGUACCGGAGGCUAAUUUACUUCCAAAUACAAAAGGUUUGAGUGGACCAUUUGGUUGUUUGAACAAUGCUCGUUUUGGAAUCGCAUUCGGUACAUUGGGUGCCGCAGAGUCAUGCUUUCAUCUGGCUCGAGAGUACGCUUUGAAC